GAAGCGCUAGCUCGUAGAUCCACAGAACACCUACCACAGGCUACCAGAUCUGUGUGCUACUUAUGUUGCUGUACUUAUGUACUGCAGUACUUGGCUGAUACUUUGUAGUGCAUUCUAUUUAUUAUUUGAGGACGCCUUUACAUAAGUUGUGUUCAUGAUGUCCAUUUAAUCUGCAACGACUGCACCUUGCAUGUUGCAGCAAAGUGUAGAAUAGUCUUCGGAAGUCGCUGCAUCCAACACGAAGUUCAUCUGUACGCUUCACCGCUUCCAGCCUAAGACUGCAAGAAAAUGAGGAGCUAGUGGUGACUGCAGUAUGUGGAUGGUGCCUUAGGCAAAACGCAGCUAGAGGUGCAGACUGUGUGCACCAUGCCUUUGGAGCGAGCAACAGCGAGACAUCAUCGGCCCCAUCACUGGCGCCUCAAGGAGCGCGAGCGGAACUUAUUGGCAGCAGUUCUCAGCAUUGUUGUCAUUGCCACACUUUCCACAGCCUUAGUCCAUCCACGCUGGUUUUAUCUUCAGGGCGGUGGCUGUGGCCAUAAAUACCUCGGGGUGCAGAAUUUCUUUUAUGUUGGCUACUUUGAGGUAUUUCCCCGGCACUUCGUCAACGGACCGUCACGAUUGCCUUCCUAUGUCUAUUAUGGGUGGAAUGAAGUGAUGAAAGACUGUGUCACACCAACCAUCGUCAGCCUCCAAAGAGUGCUCAUAGUUUUGUGUUUUCUGGCUAUUGUGAGCAGUUUGCUGCAGUUUUUUAUGGAUGCCCUUGGUGUUACUUACAAGUGGUUGAGAACCAUUCGCAGAAAUGCUUUUUGCAGCAUUGUGACAGUGGGCCUCUGUCUUGGAAUUGUCGGCACAUGCUACUACAUCUCAACAUUGAUGGAGGUGCAACAAGAAAUGACAAAACCAAGUCGGAGUUCACGUGUGGAAGUCAGCUUCAGUGUUAGUUACCACCUUGUUGCAGCAGCUGGAGCUGCAGCUGUCCUGGCUGCAGGUGCGAACCUGUUGGCUCGUCCUGUGCUCGUGACACGGCUGGGUGAUUCAACCAUUGACAGCUUGCUGCUGGAUGAUGACUUCUCACGAGAAACCUUCGUAGUGGGCAUCUCGCAUUCAGAAAUGUGGCCUUACCGACAGGACUUGACGCACUUGCAUAGCCUGCCUCCUUUGCCACCAUACUCACCAUGAGAAGCAACUAGGGCAUCUGCCACUUCACCAAAUGAAACGCUACAGUCUGGUCACAUGGAGACAAAUGUUCGUUUUGGAAGCUGCUUCCCAGUAGAAAUAUGUGCGUGUGACAGCUACAAUUACAAACAUUCUCCGCAAUUACAGACAAUCUCCGCUACUGAACCGGUGCAACGCCUCAUGUCUGCCGGUAAUGCAAGAUUUCCAAUGCUUUGAAGCCAUUAUAAGGAUAUGAAAGGACAUCGCGAGGAACUGGUGGGUGAUCACUGUUUUCAUUGUAAAAUAUUAACAACAGUUUCAAUGUUUCUUUAAUAUUCUGCUGUUAGCAGGUUAUUUCAAAGGGGGUGCACUUACUACGUGCAAGUGUGACUGUUAAACAAAUUUGUUCUUUUGUACGUAGUUCAUUAUGCACAUUUUCAUACCUUGAGCAGCGCCUGUUGCUACUAUGUUAAAUAGCACUCUGAAACAUUUAAUUUAUGUGGCAAUGAAAUACUAUAAUACAUUGAUAUUAUGCUUUGUAUCAGUUAUACCAGUUUGUAUUGAAUCUAUAGGCUAUUCUUGCUAAAUGUCCAUAAGUAACAAAAGAAGGCCACAGAAUCACUCCUUAUUCCCAAAAUAUCUAGCUGGUAAAUCUAUAAUACUAAACUGUACCAGAUACAGCUGAAAUUUAUGUCCGCAAAUACCCAUUAAAGCAAGUGCAGUAAAUUGUAGCAACAGCAUUCAUUAGCAGCUUUACCUUAACAAUAAUUAGCUUUUCAAAACAUUGUCUUGUACUAAUGCAAGCAUUGAAUCACUUGGGGAACCAUCAAUUGCAACAAGUAUGUAGCUUAGCUGAUUUACUCUAGCCACUGUCUAAGGCAUAACAUAAUAAUGUAAAAAGUUCUGUGUAGAGUAGACAUUGUUUUUUUUUUAGUACAGGCUGUGUUGAAAAGUGCAUUUAAAGCUGAGCUGUUUUGAGGCCAUCCGACAGUAGAAAUUAAGCAUUGAAAAUCAUUCAAACUAGCUGCACCUCCCCUUUUUGGUUUGUGAAUAGGCACUAAAUCUUGCUCGUACAUACACAAACCACUUUUGGAAUAUAAGGAACAAGGAACAUAAAUGAAUUUUGGAACAUAAGGACACCACCUUCUGCGGGACACCUUUCUGGAUAUUUUUAACCAGAAUUGUUCACCUAGUUAGAGUGAAACCAGAGACAUCUUUGCAUCAAUCUUUGAAGGCUAGCAUCUCUGCAAAUAAUUGUUCUCUGUGGUUACCUGAGGUUCACUGCAAAUGUUUUGUCAUUUUAGAAGUUUACGAACUGCUAAAUAUUGAAAGGAGACUUGCAAGUGAAUAGAUGAAUACUGCAGUGGCAUGCUGUGAUACCAAAGUGCUUGAGCAGGCUCUUGCACCUUCUGGUUCUCGUUUAUUUCAUCUGUUCAGUGACACAGUGAUUUUUCUUAAUUACAUAUGUUAGUGGAUUUGACCUUCUUUAUUAUUAAUUUUCCACAAUUUUUUUUCUGCCAUUUAAAGCGUGAACUUUUGAAAAUUGUAAUAAAUUUUUACUUGGUGAGCUGUUGGGGAGUGAAUAUUCUCUAUAAUGCUUCCUAUCAUCCAUAGAUAUUGUCACUUUAAACCUUUCCACAUGAUUGAAGGAGAUUAUUUGUGGAAUUGGAAGCUUGUAGAAAAUUUCAGAGGCGCAUCAUUGCUUAUUGUAUAGCUUUCUCAUUGGGGCAUAAAUGGACUUAUUUCAUGCAGUUCAAAACAGGUAAUCUGUAAUGCAUAAGGGAUUAACAAAAAUAUUGUAAAUGAGUAAUGAAUUUUAGUGAAAAUAGCUUUAAAGAAGCAUGGCAACUUUUCUGAAGCAUAUAUACGUAUUUCAAAAUUUGACAAAAAGAAACUAAAGAGAGCUAGUUCAGCUUGAAAUAAGUCUCGUAAGGCUGUAUCACAGCCGAGCUGGUUGGCGCGAUUAAGCUUCUCAUGUUGACCAUCUGUACAGUACGCUUGAAGGGUCAAUGAGCGCGUGCCAAUUCAUGAUGGUGAUAAUUUUUUAUCUACGACACAUGGUAAACCUCGACCAUAACAGCUGUGCUGUAAAAUGUAUCUUGUCAGGCUGGAUUAGUAGAAGACAACUCUGCCCUAUUCCAGAAUAAUAUUUACAUUGUUAUUAAUGAUACAGGUUAUGGAAUGCAUGAUUUCUUAGUAUGGUUAAAUUGCAAAUGUAUCAGUGAUUUCAAAAGCAGAAGUUUGUUAGUUUGAGACAUGAAGUGAAUAAAAAGCUACCAACAACAAUAUAUACACAUAUUUGAUCGAAGUCCAUGCAGUGUCGCAGCUUUUGGCAUUAGCCAGCCAAUGCAAAUAAAUUGCUGACUGUGACAUAAAAGUUCUGCUGCUAGUGAAAAUUGAGAAACAUUCUACCUGGAAACUUUUUUGAUACUUGCAUAAGAUAAUAAGAUUAAGCAGGGAGCUGUAUUCAGCAUCACUACAGAAGACUGUAGAAGUUUCAUUUUCGGUCACCAAGAUACUGGAUAAAAUUAACAGUUGUGGCAAACUUCCUGUUCCACACAGAAAUUUGCUCAUCUCUAGAUAAAGAAUACCUGGGCAUCCUUUGUGAAAACUUCAUUAUUUCAAGCAGUAGAAUGCUUCACAGAAAGUAUCAGUCUUUUGAAAAGUCGGUAGAGUCUCAACAGUUGUGAAAUUUUGGGUGUCUUGGGCAGUUGUGUCAUAUUAACCAUGGUUCAUGCUUCGGAAUCUGAAUAUAAGAAGGGAAAGUGAUUCUCAGAUGUAACCUUCAUUGCUGAUGUGCUUUUUUUUUUGUCAGAUAAUGCUAGAAGGUUUGUGUAAGGUCAGUGUACCAUUUAGAUUGAUUUAAUGUUUGCUCUCAGUGGGCCUGUUGAAGGGGUACUGACACGAAAAUUUUCAGUUGCAAUGUUUUUAUUUUGUUUUUUGUCAAAUGAAGGCCAAGUCAUCAAGAGUCUAAAAAAAUGUACUGCUAAGUGUGAGUGCAGCCUGAAAAAGUAGUAAUUUCUCAUCAGAUGCUCCCGCAAGAUACUGUGACAUUUACGUAGCUGCUCAGUGCCGUGAUUCCAUUGGUAACCCACAAGCGGCCAUUUUAAAUGUUUUGGUGACGCACAAUAAGCCAUUUUGGUACACGAUGUCAUCACAACUAGCCAGAAUCCCGCACGAAGUCGCCAGAAUAAGUACUGUAGCCUGACGUCAAGCCAGUGUCAGUGGCAGUAGGUGCACUAUGAGAAAAUUGACUUUAAAUCAAAAUAAAGUAUCAAGAUUUUCUGAUCUUCACACUUGCUCGUAUCCGUCUUUGAAAAAUGGUGUCAGUGCCUCUUUAAAUACAGUUGAAUAUACUAACAGCUGUCAUCCAAUGGAUGAUGUAUAGCCUUUCACCAUGAUGGCACAUUUGUAGCACAUUAUGCGAUACAUUGACUUUAUUUUUCCUUUGUUGUGCAGCUUUAAAUUACAUGUUACAUAGGGCCUACCUGGUAUUGUCUGUCUUCAGCAUUUUUGGCGCGUUCCACAUCUUGCCAUAGCAAUGCGUCACAAUGGUCAGGGCCAUUGUCGACUGGAUGCGCUAGGCAAGUAUUGUAAUCAAAUGUCUGUGGAAUCAUUGUGCUCAUUUUUACCACAAAGGAACCAGCGGUCUGCCUAAAGUGAUGUUUCAGGAAUUUUCAUGUAACUAUGCAAGAGUAUGUGUAUCAUAGUUUUAUCUAUAUCUAUUAGUGGCUUAUGUGCUUUUUGUGAGAUUCUGUGUUUCCAGCCUCAAGGAAAUAGCUGUGAAUAUACAGUUUUCUUCAAAUGGCUGCAUGAUCAAGACAUAUUUAAGUAUUGUGAAGCAUUUAAAGAAGGAAGUAUCUUUACAAAUGAUAUAUAUGUAACACCACUAGUCUGUGCACUGUGUUUGUUGAGUGAUGAGAUGACUGAUUUUGAUGGUGCUUUUGGUUCCAUUGAUGUUAGAAGUAACCAGUUUAUAUAUAUUGGUAACUGUAAUUCUUUACUGGCCCACAUGUUUUAUAGACACAGCUUUUGACAUAUUUGCUUUUUAAUUUUUGUAAAAAGGCCAAAAUAUUUUUUCUUAUUGCAAAUUGUUUAUUUAGAUAACCGAUACUAAGUGCACAAGUAGGUUAUGCAGUGGACACAAAGUACAUAUACAGGUUGACUUACCAAACUUUAACUCGUGUUUUGAGAAUGUGCAGUUGCACUAUAUUGUGAUGCAGGUAAAAGCAUGUUGAUGGCCAAUUUAUGAAGGGACUAAGUUAUAUAUACUGUUUUUUUUUUCACAAUUGGCUUAGUGUAUUUACUGGUUCACGCUAUUACUUGUGUAACAAAAAACACGGAUGAGAAGAGACAGACACCACGGGCACAAACUUACAACUGAUUUAUUGAAAACAACCAAAUAGCCAUGAACCAGUACCAACUCACCCAACUUUCGGUACUCUUGUUAGUGUAGUUAAUUUUACAGGUACUAAAUUCAAGGGAAAAAGCUUUGAAUCAGACAUUUGAAAAUUUUUUCACAAAAUUUAGUCUAAUGGCCACCCACUCACCUUCAUUCAUGGUUGGUCCCAAUAUUGUGUUUAAAAGAGGCAGUUUUAAGUGCACAGUUUGCACUUAACCAAAUACCUUUGAUGCAAUCACAACCAAUAUGCCGCAGCAGUCGCGUGCGCGCUGCGGGGGUGGCCUGCUCUGCUGUUUCGAAUGCAUUUGGGGUGUAUCGCUUGACUGAGAUGCAUGUGGUUUGCAGGAGUGGAAGUGCUGCGCCGAUCUGACUUGCUGCGCCAAGCCGUGCCUAAGCGGCAAUUUGCACGUGCAACGCCAAAUUUGGUCGGUUGUUGAAUUGUGUGGCAGUGAUUUUCAGCCAUGGUCAAAAAAUGUAAUCUACAUUGUGUCAAUUCAUGAUCCAAAGUGACCAUUUGAAACCAUUAAGUGUUCAAAAUUGUUUAAUUUUUUUUACUGAAAUCCACUUGAACAGUUCAAGAAAAAUUGUAUGCUUUUCAUCUCAGAUUGUUCAUAUAGUUUAUGUUCUCUCAUUGUAUACUAGCAUAUCUUUUAAAAUCUUGGUUAGUAUGAGCUGGGGCACCUUGUAUUUUUUUAAUGCUGUUUUUUAUGAUGCAGUAACAAAAAUUAAAUAUUAAAGUUACAAACAAUUAGAAUUCAGCAUUUUUUUCUGAAUUAUUGUUAAAUGGGUCAACACUAAGUCCUGAAAUUUUUUAUAGUCAUCAAGUAUUUGUUAGACAGAUGAUUAUGUACCAAGCUGCAUUCUGCACUGUCAACUUUCAUUGCUCAAAGAUGCAGCUGUUGUCUUUGUCUGUACUCGCUGUCUACUGUGUGCACACUGCAUGCACAUUCAUGAGUGCGUACUGUACACCUUGUUACGCAGCAUACACCUUUGCCAAGGUAGCUAGAAUAAGCAUUUAUUUUUUCUUAUCCGGCACGUACAAAUUGGCUUGUGUGAUAGGUCUGUUGAUCUAACAGAAGCCAAAAGACAUACAUGAACAGCAUUUACUUCUAAAGGCAGAAUGGAACUGCAGAAUUACAAGUUGCAUAAGACAUAGAAGUAAAACGUAUAUCUUGUACGUGAGAUUUUGCUUUGUUAGACUUAGCAAAUUUCUUUUCACAGACUUUAAGAGUCUAUAAUUGAAUUGUAAAAUCUGUGAAAAUUCGUUCAUUUAUCCUACGCUACUUUGGACAAUAUUCUUGAAGUCAGUAACAGAUUUAGAACACCAUAUAAUGCAACUUUCCUGUUGAUGUGUAACAGAUAUGAUACAUGGUAUAUACAAACUGUUGGUAACCAACAUAGUCAGGUAGAACAUUGCACUAAAUGAACUCGCAUAUUUGAUGAACUGUCCAAACAUACAUCAAAGCUCUGUAUAAUGUCUAUUCAUGCCUUGAAGGAUGUUAACUGUGUUCAUGCUAGCUGCCCUAUUUGAAUUUUUAACAAGCACUUGUUCAGUGCAUAUGUAAAAAUAUGUUAGCAUAUAUUGUUAUUCUAAGAAAUGAAUAAAUAAAGAGGUGACAAACUUGGUUUGAA